AUGUAUCUAACAACUGUGACUCUCUUAUCCAUUACCAUCUCUUCUGUAGGCUCACAAUACAUAUACGAAGCCCGAAUUGUUAGCAUUUUCGUUUCAGAACCCGAACUUCCUCUUUCUCUGGACGUGGUGCAACUAGUAAUCGAAACGGCCGGAAAAGAUGCUAACAGAAGAUUUCCUAAUAUCAAAUUUGAUAUAGUGUUCAGAAACAAUAGUUCUCGUUGCACCGCUAACUAUGCUGGGGUAUUCGCUGCCGAAGAAUACUAUUUACGAAAGGUGACCGCCUUCGUUGGCCCCGCUUGCAGUUUGGCUUUGGAUCCAGUUGGAAGAAUGGCUUCGUAUUGGAAUAUUCCCAUCUACACCGCUGGUGGCAUAGAUGUAGCUUUUUCUGACAAAGAUGUGUUUUCUACUCUAACCAGGAUGACAUUUUCUUUAGACCGAGCGGCGGAGUGGUUCUCUUUGAUCCUAGAACGAUUCGAUUGGCAUCAUGUAUACAUCAUGAUGGACGAAUCGGAUCUUAGUAACACUUUGAUCAAGACUAGUGUUUUAAAGAUUCUGAAGUACAAACCAGGAAUUUUUUUAACAGUUAAAGAAUAUACAAGCGAUAAUUCCAAUAUCGGCGAUCUCCUGAGAGAGGGUAGCAAGGAAGCCAGAGUCUUCCUUAUCAUCACUGGGGGAGAUUCGCUUCGUAAUAUUUUGCUGAAAGCUUUUGAUCUGGGUAUGGCCAAUGGCGAAUACGUCUUCUUUACGUACGAACUGUUAAAGAACAACCUGAAGAAGGGUGACUUCUCUUGGUACAGAAGAGGCGACACAAGAAAUAAGGAUGCUCGGAAGAUAUACGAGGCCUUGAUGAUCAUAUCCAUUAGAGUUCCUACUAGCUUGCAAUACACUUCAUUUGUUAGUAAUAUCAUUCAAGCUUCAAAAUCGAAUCCUGAAAAGUAUAAAAAUCCAAUCGAUGAAGAUAUGAUGAAUCCGAUAGUGGCUGCAUUUUAUGACUGCGUUAUGAUGUACGCUUGGGUCUUAAACAAGACACUAGAAGAAGGGGAAGAUCCUGCUGAUGGGUAUACAAUGGUUCGCCGAUUGUGGAAUUCAACUUUUGUUGGAGGUCUGACAGGUGACAUAUAUAUCAACGAAAACGGCGACAGAGAAGCGGAUUAUACUCUUAACGAUCUGGAUCCUGAAACAGGAAUAAUGAUGCCUGUAGCAACAUAUUUUGGUGCUAGAAGAAAAUACGAAAUGUUAAGGGGCAUCAGGAUUCACUGGCCAGGAAAUAUCAUCGGAUCACCUCCCGAUGUGCCCGAAUGCGGUUUUUUAGGAAACGCUCCCCAAUGCCAACCAGAAAAUGCAAAAUUUCCGUUGUGGAUAAUCGUCUUUCUAGCAUGUAGCAUCCUGAUAUUUGUUGCCAGUGGAAUAUUUUUGUACAGAAAAAUGGUUUUGGAGAACGAUUUGACGGAUCAAUGGUGGAAAAUUCAUUGGGAGGACGUAAUAUUUCCAGAGAAUUUAAUGCGAAAAUCUAUGGCCAGUUUACGUUUCAGCGACGAUGGCGUUUCAAGUAAUUCAACGAGGCCCUCUACUUCUCUGAGCAUAUUUCACGAAAUGGCAGCUAGUGGUAUGAAGCUUGGACUGUAUAAAGGUAUUAAGGUUGCAAUUAAGAUGUUGGAUAUCAAGAGAUUGCAUAUUAAUAGAGCAGUAUUGAUGGAUUUGAAGCAGGAUAUGUUAGCUAAUGAUGCAAUGAACAUGGAUUGGAUAUGCCGCUACUCUAUAAUAACAGACAUUGUUGAGGGAAUGACAUUUCUACAUAACAGUGAUUUUCAAUUUCAUGGUAAAUUGAAAUCCAGUAAUUGUCUCAUCGAUGGAAGAUUUAUGGUUAAACUUUCUGAAUUUGGGAUGGUAUCUCUAUACAGCCAAAUUCAUUCAGAAGUAAUUAAUCCAAGAAGUUACUUUUGGACUGCACCAGAACACCUGAGGGAUAAAAACUAUAAAGCUUCCAAAAAAGGGGAUGUUUACAGCUUUGCUAUUAUUCUUCAAGAGGUAAUAACACGCAAUGGACCUUUCGAAUAUGGUGAUACACAGAACAAAUCGAGAAGAAUACUGGAACCUGAAGAAAUAUUAGAUAAAAUCAAAUUAGGAACCAUGCCACCGUACAGACCCGAGAUGGAUCCUAGUGAUUGUCAACCCGAUCUCGUUAAACUGAUUAAAUUAUGCUGGGCAGAAAAUCCUGCAGAAAGACCUACUUUUCCGGAAAUUAAAUCGAAAAUUAAAAAAAUUACAAAAGGAAUAUCAAGUCACAACUUUUUGGAUAAUUUAUUGUUGCGAAUGGAACAAUAUGCCAACAAUUUGGAGCAAUUAGUGGAGGAGAAAACUCAAUCUCUUUAUGACGAAAAGAAGAAAACGGAUGAAUUACUCUAUCAGCUUCUUCCAAAAUUCAUUGCUGAAGAACUUAAAAAAGGGAACCAUGUUAAGCCAGAAGUAUACGAUUCUGUUACCAUUUUCUUCAGUGAUAUUGUGGGAUUUACUUCUCUCUGUGCAGAGAGUACGCCUAUGCAAGUGGUAGAUCUCUUGAAUGAUCUUUACACCUGUUUUGAUGCCACAAUCGAUCUGUAUAACGUGUAUAAAGUGGAAACCAUCGGUGAUGCUUAUAUGGUUGCUUCUGGUCUUCCAAUAAAAAUUGGAGACGAACACGCUAGUGAAAUUGCCCGUAUGUCGUUAGCUCUAAUUCAGACAUUAAAAAACUUUAAAAUUAGACAUAAGCCCGAGAGGAAAAUGAAACUACGAAUAGGAGCCCAUUCAGGCCCGUGUGUUGCUGGAGUGGUGGGUUUAAAAAUGCCUAAAUACUGUUUAUUCGGUGAUACUGUCAACACUGCAUCCAGAAUGGAAUCUACAGGAGAAGCUUUGAAAAUCCAUAUAAGUGAACAUAUGAAAAAGAUUUUGGAUACUUUUGGAACAUUUCGAAUUUCGAAGAGGGGAGACAUUGAGAUAAAAGGUAAAGGAAUAAUGACAACGUACUGGUUAGAAGGAGAAAUUACACCUACAUGA